AUGUUGGCCAUCGCAUCCGCCUCUCUCGCGGUUCUCGCCGCUAUGGCGAACGCUCAGGAUAUUAAAUUCGACUCAGAGCACAAUGCAACCACCAUCAUUGGAUCGUGGGCAAGUGGAAGCAAGAACGUUACUACGGGCUCAGGCUUCGCGGACCCGACGCAAAUGACGUUCACCUAUCCCGCUGUUGCCGGUGUCGCCUACGCCUUCUCUGAGGACUAUUUCUACGAACUCUCGCGGUACCGCUUCGUCGCAAACGGUUCGCGACCGGAUUGCGUAACUGGCACUCUCGUUUGGGCGCACGGAAAAUACGACUUGUUGAACAACGGCUCGAUCGUCCUUACCCCGCUCGGCGACGGAUACCAGCAAGUCCAGUCGGCAUGCGCGGAUGGCACGAACAUCAUCCAGGAUUACAACUACACCGAGCUCUUCCAGUCCUGGCGUAUCUUCAUGGACCCGACUGACGGUCCUAAGCUCCACCUCUUCGAGUUCGACGGCACCCCCGUCGCACCUCUUUUCCAAACCUCCACCACCCCCAACAUGCUCCCGACCGAGAAGCUCCGCAACUCCUCCAGCAGCUCCGGUACUACGGUGCUCAACGAGAAGAGGAGCUUUGUCGACAGCGUCAGCGAGAAGCUCUUGAGGAAGAGGAGCAGCAACGGCGCCGUUGCCGGUGCCGGGAUGGGCAUGGGCGCUAUGGGCUUGACGGCGCUCGUAGCGGGCGCUGUCGCGCUUGUGCUGUAG